AUGAUCGACUCCCUCAACCUAGUCAACCUCUCGGUUAUCUGUCCUCAUGGCCUCUGUUUGCGCUAUCUCACCAUGUCCUGGUGUGGUAUUGCGCAGAGCAGGUAUACCCUGGAACUCGCUUUGAGAAUCAUCCUCUUUCCCGCACGCACCGCCUUCUGCUCCGUUGGUUGUUCGUUGGAAGCGAAUAAGGACGGUGUGCCUGUCAGCAGGUACCAGCAGGAGUUAAUUGAGAUGAAGGAAAAUUAUGAGGCAUUAACGAUUGUACUGGAAGGAUGGAAGAAUAGAGCUGUUUAUCUUGAACGAGAUGUAGUUGCGCCUGAGGAGGACAUAGACAGCCGACGAACCGACAAUACCUUCCUAUGGAAGAGAAAGAUGAAGAAGACUCCAAGAAAGAUCCCGAAGAGGAUCCCAAUAGAGGAAGAUUAUGAAAUGGUUGAGGCUAUAGAUGGUGAAACUGUUGGAGACAACCUUUCCAAGCUAGAUUGA